AUGCAAGAUGCACCGCAGGGCUUGUUGGCGCCUGGAGCUUGCCCGUUCGUAGGUGUAGUCGAAACGACCAUUGACGCGCUGCGUCUUGUUAUAGCCGCUAGGUCUGGACUUAUUCCCCGUAUCGUGCGGCGCCUGAGCGACGCCGAACGUAGGUCGAUGAUCAUGUCUGGAGCCGUAUUCGUUUACAGCGCGGAGGAGAGCCACAUCAAACGGUGGACGGACGGGUUGACGUGGUCUCCUUCUCGCAUUGUCGGUAAUUUCCUCGUAUAUCGUGAGCUUAUGCCCUCGGGGUGUAAUUUUGAACGAGACGUAUCGGGAACGCAGACAUCUCUUCCAGCGACGACUAGCUGGUCGCUAAGGAGAGGUCACUGCACUGAGAAACUGAAUGGGUUGUCCAAGAAGACCAUCACCGUCGUAGCUGACGGAACGGCCCACCAUGUAGUUGCAUACUACUCAGAGGAAGAUGUCCUCUCCGGCCGACUACAGAGGCCUGUGAGGAGAUCCGAUUUAGCCCAGGUCGCUGUACCUCUCUCAAUGGUCUAUGCCACCAACUUUCGCUAUCCGCCUCAUAUUGAGCUUGGAAUGAAUGGUCUGUACUAUGUGUAA